UGCUGUAAUGCCAUGAAACACAAUUCCGGAGUGCUUGCCAUUAACAAUGGAAAUUUGGGACAUAUUGUUUCCACUAUCAGUAGAAGAAAUUAUUCCAAAGACAGCAAGGAUUGCUGCAAGGUUAUAGACCAAAAAGCAGGGAAGAAGAUGACGGAAUGGCCCAAAUCUGAACAGGCUGACCCACCGCCCACGGCCUGGCGCCCAGAAUGUCCAGGGUACCCACAGCCAACGAACUACGACCCCUAUAAAAUAAAGGUCCCAGAUAUCGUGGUACCACCUCUUCCGCCGAGCAACGCGAAGCCGAUGCUAGAUUGUGCCAAAACUAAAGGGCCUUGCUCUGUGCUACCUCCCCCGCCGCCCCCGCCGUGCCCUGUGCCGCCGCCGAAGCCUUUCCCCUGGAUCUACGUAUGGGCCGUCGGCUCAUUCUUUACUAUCAUGGGAUUAAUUUACAGAUUUUACCUGUGGAAAGAGGAGCGUGACAGAGUCAGCGAUUCUAAACCCAUUUGGCGACCACGGCGCAUCAUCAAGCGGCCUUUCCACGAGAAGGACUUGCCCGCGUGCGUACAGUACCUCAUCAUAGGCACGGGAGCGGCCGGGUGGGCCGCCUACAGGGCGAUACAGGAACACGAUAAGAAGGCCAAGGUAUUCUUCGUUACAAAAGAAGACAUCUUGCCCUACGCUAGGCCGGCUAUGUCGAAACACAUGUGGUGGAACGCGGAGCCGCCUGACUUGAGUCACCUCCACUAUGUUCAGGAUGGCAAAAGAUACACAUUGUACAUGUCCCUAUGCAAGAACUUCAUGGAUCCGGUCAAGUUCUACCGCAAGAAGACUGGGCCGGCGGUGUCGAUCGCGUCCGGCUGGACCGUGUCGCGGGUCGACGCGGACGACCACGUGGCGUACGUCCGGACCAUGUGUGGCGAACAGCCGAUUUACUACGAGAGGGCUUUGAUUGCUACCGGGUCAAAGGCUAAGAAUUUAGAUUUGUUCUGUUCGGCGCCAAAACCGGUCCGGGACAAGGUCAGCGUGCUCCGCACUAUCAGGGAUUUGGAGCUGUCUUACCGCCGAGUGAAGGAAGCGAAGCACGUGACAAUAGUCGGGGGGGGCGUGUUGGGCUGCGAGCUGGCGUGGCAUCUGGGCAGGAUGAAUGAAGUGGUGGAGCGCCCCCCAGAAACCCCGCCCAUAGAGUUCGUUCACAUGUACAAAGGCAAGGGUGUGUUGUCCAACAUCGUGCCGGAGUACCUUGGACAGUGGGCCGCUGAGAAGAUCAGGUGUGAAGGCGUCACCAUGAUGCCGCAGACUCAAAUUCACGACGCAUUCAUAACGCCUGACAACCGCUUGGAACUGACGCUGUCAAACGGAUCUUCACUAGUGACAGAUUACGUGCUGGUAGCAAUCGGGUCUACACCUCGAGUGGAGAUGGCCGGACGUUCUUUCCUGGAGACCGACUCCAUCAAUGGAGGAUUCAAGGUCAACACAGAACUUGAGGCCAGGACUCACCUUUACGUGGCUGGUGACGUAGCAAGCAUCUACUCCCAAUGGAAGGACACGAGGAUCAGAAUGGAGCAUUACGACAACGCUGAGGAGCAGGGCUACAUCGCCGGCGCCAACAUGACCGGCUACUGGACCCCGGCCAACAUGGAGCCCCAUUACUGGCUGAAGCUGGGGGAGGCUCUGAGGGUCGAGGUGGUGGGCGAGGUGGGAGCAUGCAUGCCGAUCGUAGCUCUGUUCAAGCCUUGCGAGGAAGCAGAGGAACUACCCCAGGCUCAUGAAGGAGCUGGCGACAGGAUUUGCUUUAAACAGAGCGAGACAUACGAACACAAGUACAAACGCGGUCUUCUGUUCUACCUCCGAGAUGAGACCGUGGUCGGGUUCACCUUCUGGAACAUGCCACCAAUUGAUGACAGGAAGAUGGUCGCCACUGAGUUGCUCCGCGCGAAGCCGUCGUACAAGGAGAUCAACUUGCUGGCCGAACUGCUCGGCUUCCACGACACUAAGUGCGAGUACCCGAAAGCGGCUGACCUGGUUGAAAUCGGACCAUGCAUCAAGAAUUGGCGAGUAUUCUGAAAAAAAGUAAAGACGCCGUGACCUGAAAUAUAAAUCGUGUAUUUUCUAACGUAUUUAUUUGACGUCCUACAAUACUGAAUCAUUUGACAUGUUGAAGGUUGGAG